AUGGCAAAUAAAAUACUAGAUCAAAUCUUUAGAUUAUACGAUCCGAUUCGUUAUUCGUUUAACAAGAAAAAAGAGGAUUAUAUUAUCAUCUCACUGUUGGUUCUAAAUCGCAAAUUGAUUACCUUCAAAAUAAAUUCAUUAUCGAAUUGGUUGCUUCUUUCCGAUGCUUAUUUCAGAUGCGAUUUCAAAAUUAAAGAUGGAACUCCCAAUGAAAAUCGUGUUCCACAAACAAAUACAACGUUAGAAAACAAUUUCUUUCCAUCUUUGUUUAGCGAGAUGGUUUUGGAAGCAGGUUCAAAUCCGAUAGAAACAAUCGAACAUCCUGGGGAAUUCGACACAAUGUUGAAAACAGUUUUAUAUCCUAAAGAUUUCGAUUCAGUCUCGGGUUGGAUACCCGAUGUUGGCGAUGGAAGUGUUUUAAAAGAACCGGUAAGAAAUCUUGCAAAUGAUGCUGAUUUAGCUAGAGUGAGAGUUGUUGCUCGAAACACAAUAGAAAGAGUAGCACGAGCAGCUAAUUCGAAAAACGAGUACUUCAAUAUAAUAAUGUUGUUGAGAAUAAUAGGUGGGGUAAUUACUCUGUUGGAACACAGAAAAGUUUCCAUAGGGUUACCAUAUAAAAUUCAUCUACAAAGAGAAAUCAACGACGAUAAGAUAUUCUUUGGAGAGAAUGGUUCAGAUGCAAAAUUAGAAAUAACGAAUCUCCAACUUUUCAUACCCGUAAUAACACCAUCAAUUGAAGUAGAAACGAGAAUAUUCAACUCGUUAACUAAAGAUAUUGAAAUAGCUUUUCUUCAUCGUAACACGGUAGGUAGCAUGACUUUAACGGGAGAAUACACCACCUGCCAAAUCACUAACACUAUAAAACCAGCAAGAUAUUUAAUAGUUGGUUUCAAGAACUUACCAGAUUCUCAAACGAAUAACAAUAAUGUCUUUAGAGUGGCAAUGAACCAAACUCAAGAUCCUUUAAUCCAUAAAGUUCAAGUAAGAUUAAACAACGAUAAUUAUCCUAACCAACCUUUAACAAUUAAUCCAACCACAAAGGAUUAUAAUGAAUUGUAUAGAAACUUUAAAAACAUGUGUGAAUUAUUUGGAAAUCCACCUCAGUUUGAAUAUGUAGAUUUUGCACUUAAUCAUCCAAUCUUCUGUUUUGAUCUAUCAGCUCACCAAGAAGAUCUUUUCAAAACAGGAGUGGACAUAAAUAUUCACAUUGACAGAAGGAGAUGUAACAGAGAUGAUAUAGAUUUAGAAAGAAUUGACGCGAACGCAAAAGAAUGUGGAUUUUUACCUUUCCUUCUACCUUUAAUAUUUGGUGGUAUUGCAGUGGCUACUGGAAUAGCAAGAGCCAUCAACUCAAAUAAAGCAACUGCAGUAACAGCAGCUGAAGAACGCAGACAUAAUUUGGCAAUUGAAAAGGAGGCACGAGGUUCAGGAGUGGGAGAUAUGAUAGGCAAAAUAAAAGAAUUUGGAAAAAAAUUUGGGGAAGAAACCAAGAAAACUGUUAAACAAGGAUUAAAUAAAUUAGUAGAUAGUAUUGACACGGGAGAAGUCAAAGUCAAACAUAAGGAAAUAUUUCCUAAUAACCCUAUGCUCAUGUGUAUAUGCGGUAGUUCCGGUUCUGGGAAAACUCAUCUCACUUUUAACAUGUUGACAACACCAAACCUUUUAGAUUUCGAUUCUUUGUCUAUCUACACAACAACACCAGAGCAAUCGUAUUAUAAAUUUCUCAAAGCUUUAGAAUAUCUACCAAAGAAAGAUGUUCAAGACCUAUUUCAGUAUUACGAAGAAAACGAAGAAGAAGUGGAAAUAAAAGAUAUCUUAGAUAACUACAUCGAAGGAAAGAAACCAACGGAUAUAAAAGUUUUGCUUACGAAAAAUAUUAAUGAUCUAGACUUGUCUAAUAUUGAUAGCAAACCAAAGAACUUAAUAUUAUUUGACGACUGCGUAGCGCAAAGAAAUCAAGCUGUUCAACAAGAAUUCUUCACGAAGGGAAGACAUCACAACUGUCACUGCAUAUACCAAUCCCAAUCUUUUUACGGGAUGGAUUCUAUGUUUAUUAGAAAAAAUGCAAAUUGUUUUUAUUAUUUGAAUUAA